CUUGUAAUAAUUUUUAAUAACUGUUGAAUUGUUUUUUAAAAAAACAGUAUUAGUGUAUUAAAUUUGCAUUUUUAAACUAAUCAGGGACUUAACGAGUCAUUUCAAUUAACGUGGAGAUACCUUUUAAAACUGCUUAAUCUUUGUAUGGAAAAAAUUAGGUUAAGUUACAUAUUCGAUAAAUUAAACUUUUUCCGGAAUGAACCCGUUUAAUUUGUAUGUUACAACAAGUCAAAUCAUAUUAAAAUCGACCCCCGAAAGUUCAAAUACUUGGCAAGAUUUGUACCGGCUCGUACCGUAUUUGAGAAAUUCUUUGUGUUGUGUUGUCUGUGGAAAUUUACUUUUGGAGCCUUUAACUCCAUCAGGAAAGUGUCAGCAUCACGUUUGUCGAAAGUGCAAGGGAGGACGAAAAAAACUAAAACCAACCUGUACAACAUGUAAAGACUACAAAACCUAUUCUGAAAACAAACCUCUACGAACAUUGUUACAGUGCUAUAAUGGGAUGUGCGUCAUGUUGAUAAGUUCGGAAAUAUUUAGAAUUUUAACAGAACAGGCAGCUCAAAAUGUCCCUGGGGCUGCCAAUCUUAUAUUGUUAAUUAAAGAAGGGGCGGUUUUUGAAGAUAACUAUCAUAGAGACGUAGGGCUUUCCAAAUCAGCCUAUAGUAUUUUGCCAUGCAUUUAUACUAAUUCAGGAACUCAAACAUUACAAAUAAACAAUAGCAACUCCCUCCAAAACGAUAUUAUCUUGGAUAGCGAUUUGCGUAGGAUAUGCAAUGGAAACUUGUAUUCAGUUUUAUAUUCUGGGACAGGAAGCAAAAUUACCAUUAAAAGAAAACCCCUUGAAAAUCAAGGGAUAAAGGGGAUGCGAACUAACAUAAAUGAUGACAUAACAGUCGACAAGCAAGCAGCUUUUAAGAAACCAACAAACAAAUGUAUGCUGAAGUCGAGACGUGGUUGCAGAUGUGGAAAUGCAACAGCAACCCCUGGCAAACUCACUUGUUGCGGUCAAAGGUGUCCUUGUUAUGUAGAGAGCAAGGCAUGUAUCGAAUGCAAAUGUAGAGGCUGUAGAAAUCCCCACAUGCCAGAUGGUAACAAGAAACGUCCUCAAUUAAUCCAAGAUCAACAAGUUGUUGAACAACACUCUCAAUCACAGUCGAAUUAUAAAAGCAUUACAUUUGACCUGGACACAAACAUGACAGUAAGACAACUCAGUGAACAUCUCAAAGCAGGGAAUGUUAAAGUCUUCAACUCAUUUGCACCACAUGCCAUUCUGAUUGAUGGUACAAAACUAGUUGAAGAAGAUGAAGAUGAGGAAGUUAUGGUGGAUAUUUGAUGAUAAUUUUUUGUGUAUUACUUAAUUAACUGUGUUGUUUUAAAACGUGUGCAUGCUUAGAUCAAAGUGAAAAUUGUCAUGACAGUGAAAUUUGCUAAAAAAAUACCACAAAUGUAUUUCAUUUUAUAUUUGAGAAUAUAGUGAAAGAUGCAUGUAGAAGAUGAAAAUUCAAAAUAUGUUUCGUUAACAUAAACUUUCAAGACCAA